CUUGUUUGUAGUAGCCUUGUAGUAAGAGUGAGUCAUCGCCUGUGAAUCUGUGCGUGUUCCGUGUUUUGGCCGCCAUUAUUAUUUUAUGUGAAACUCGCUUUUAUCCUCGUGCUAUACGCUUGAUUUUCUUGUGUUUUUUAGACUUUUAUUAAAUUAUGGUGAGACAAAAGUGUUUUUUGUCUAAGGUUGAGGCUGGGAAAGCAGGCAGUGAAGGGAUAUAUUUUCACAGCAGAGAGAGAAAUGGAUGCGUUUCUUGGAACUUACCGAGCUAGAACCUCAAUCCCACAAAGAUGGUUAGAAUAUGCUCCAAGCAUUUUUUGCAGUAAGAUUUCACUACUGAUGCUAGUGGAAGAACUUGGCUAAAACCUGGUGCUAUUCCAAAGUCCAUUUGGCCAGUUGUUUCCUCUCAAUGUACAUCAUCAUCAAGUAUUGAUAUUUCGCCAAAAGAACUUUCUGUGAUGCCAAAAGGUAUUGCAAGCUCCCUAGAUGUGACUGGCAGCUCCAUAAGAACCUCUUCAUCCAGAAUUAAUACUGAUGAAAGGAUGCAGCAGAAACAUGAAACGUUUGUUCAACCUGGAACAUCUGCCAUUUUUCAAUGUGAAAGAUUGGCCAUCAUCAAGUUCUUCUAAAAUUUGGAGUGCCUCACCUGCAACUGUGACAGCCUCAGAAAAUGGUUAUGAAUCAGAUGUGUUUACUGAAUCUGUUCAAGCAAAGAAGAAAACAAAGAGGAAGAGGUAUGUGGGAGACCUAACCAGUAGUGACUUUUCUACAUCUGAGAAGAGAAAACGGAAUUUUCGUCUCAUGAAGGACACUAUUUUGAGACAGAGGAAGUUACUACAAAACAAACAACGUUUGAUCCGAUAUUUCAGAAAUAGAAUCCAAACACAGAAGGAAUUCCUUGAUAUGCUAACUCAAAAGUUUAAUAUGAAUGCUUCAACUGAAAGUGAACUCAAGGCGUGUCUGUCGGGUCCAGCCUCUCAAAUAUUUGAAAGGAUGUUAAAAGGUCCAUCAACACAAAAAUGUGAUCCUGUGUUAAGAAGCUUUGCAGUGACCCUUGCGUUUUACUCACCUAAGGCGUAUACUUUUGUUAGAAACCCAUUUAAUAAAUCUUUACCUGAUUUAAGUAUAAUCAGUAAGUGGUAUAAAUCAGUUAAUGGUUCUCCUGGGUUCACACAGGAAGCCUUGGAAACCCUAAAAAUUCUAAAACGACAAGCAGAUGCAAUGUUGUGUGCAAUUUGGUUUUAGAUGAAAUGUCUAUUCGACAACAAAUUGAGUGGUUGGAACCAAAUUCACUGGGUAUGUUGAUAUUGGGGCAAAUAUUGAUUUAGAUAUGCUACCUGAAGCAAAGGAUGUACUUGUAUUUAUGUUGGUAUGUCUUAAUGGAUCCUGGAAAAUUUCUGUUGGCUACUUUUUUUUGGCGGAUUAGUUGCUGCGGAAAAGGCAGAGUUACUAAAAAAUUGUUUGACCUUUUUAUACGAGUCAGCUUAAACAUUUUCAUAUUUUGCACAUUUUCAAAUCCGUGCAAUGUUCAUUGUCAACUGCUUAUUGUUAACAUAACUUAUGCUGGUGUAAUAUCCCAUAUUUACAAUUGUUAGGUAUAUUUUUUGUUGACAUUUCCUACUAAGAAUGUCAAGAAAAUUUUACUUUGCAUUGAUUGAUCUCAAUAUAAAAUAUUUUGUAAUCCAU